CAACACUUUUUUUUUUGCUUUCUUUUCUUUUCUUUUCUUUCUUUCUUCCUUUUUUUCUUUCUGUUUGUUGCAUGGAUUCUCUUUCCUUGACUUACUUGAUACCCUAUUGCUAGAUUUAUUCUAUACCGCAUAUCACGACCAUGGCCGAAGGAUCCUUCUCAGCCCCUCCCCAAAUCCACGCCUUCGACGGAGUCCUCUCCGACUUUGACGGAACGAUCGUUGACUCAACAGAUGCAAUCGUCAAACAUUGGCACAAAAUCGGCAAUGAACUGGGCGUAGACCCGAAAGCGAUCCUGGCUACAUCUCACGGACGAAGGAGUAUCGAUACAUUGGCGCUGUAUGACAAGAGCAAAGCCAAUUGGGAGUACGUCAGCUACGUUGAAGGCCGCAUCCCCCAAGAAUACGGCUCCGACGCCAUCGAAAUCCCCGGUGCCCGUGCCCUCCUCUCCGCCCUCGAAUCCUCCCGCGCAAACUGGGGAGUCGUAACCUCCGGCACCCGCGCACUGGUCGACGGCUGGCUUGGUGUUCUUGGCCUCGCACACCCACGCGUCCUUGUCGUCGCGGAGGACGUUGAGCUAGGCAAGCCUGACCCGCGCUGCUAUCUACUUGGCCGUGCGAAGCUGGGACUGGAGAACUCGGGUUCGGACUCGAUUGUUGUGCUGGAGGAUGCGCCGUCGGGGAUUAAGGCUGGGAAAGCGGCGGGAUUUAAGGUGCUUGCGCUUGCAUCGACACAUACACUGGGUCAGUUGCGGGAUGCUGGGGCGGAUUGGAUUGUGAGGGAUUUGGAGAGUGUUGAGGUGAAAGGUGUUGAGGGGGGGAGGGUGACGUUGGAGAUUCGGGAUGCGCUUCAAUAGACAUUUGAUCCCAAGUACAGAGUACGGAAGACAUGAUCAGUAAGGCGGGUUUUCACGAUCCAUGGAACAGAAGGUGAAGCUCUGGAUCCUUCGCUCUGUAGAUAGGGUCAAACGAUGUGACAUGUACAUUUGCAUGUAUCUACCUUGCAUGAUAUACGAGUACCUAAGGCCACCCUUGGAAAGAUGAGAUCGACCAUCAACGCCCAACGAAUGAUCAAAUCGAAUCCGGCUAGCCCAUGCCCUGUGUCCUCGUACCGUUAAUUACCGGCUGAUAUAGCCAACGUCUCAUGCUGGGGAUAGAUAUAGAACCCAACUCUACUCCGUACUAUCUGUACAACGCAUGGGGUCCCAUAUGGCAAACGGGUUGCUACCGUUGCUGUUG